AUGGACAGAGAAGAUAAGUUUCAAUACCUAAUACAAGCUACAGUGCCCGGUUCGCGCGCCUCGGAAUUAGUGACAAGUUAUCCGCCAACUGGUGAAAAUUACGAAAAGGUUAUUGACAGUCUAAAAAAUAGAUUUGGGCGUGAAGAUGUGCGUGAAUUAUUACAGUUAGUCUUACAGAACGCGAUUUCGCCUACAAGGAAUAUGCAGCUAUCGACGUUGUAUGAUAAAAUCGAGUCUUAUUUGAGAGCUUUGGAAUCGCUGGGUGUUACUACGGACAAGUGUGCAGCAAUGCUGUUUCCGCUAGUCGAAUCUUCAUUACCUGAAGAGUUGCUACGAGCGUGGCAAAGGAGUAAUGCUGUUCAAUAUACAUUGGCGCCGCGUGCAGAUAACACGUCGACGCAAUCUCAAGAUCGAUUAACGCGGCUCAUAAAAUUUUUGGAAGCGGAAGUGCAAAACGAGCUGCGAAUUACGAUGGCGGUAAAAGGUUUUGAUUUAAAAGUGAGUGAUAACAGUGAGGCUAAUAGACAAAGGAAACCACGUACACAUCAUGAUCAUAAAGAAGUCCCCAGUGCGGCUGGACUGUUUGCUACGAAAGUUCGCGAAAAUCUUUGUAUAUUUUGCGGAGGUAAAGAUCACGUUGGUGAUAACUGUUUCAAGGCGAAGAAAAUGAGUUUUUCAGAAAAACGGGAAAUGGUUAAGCGAAAGAAUGCUUGUUUUUACUGUUUGAAAAUUGGGCAUGGUGCUAAGAUGUGUCGCGUGUACGUAAAAUGUGGAAAGUGCUCGCGACGCCACGUUACAGUGAUGUGUCCGGCUGAGAGUUUUGAAGGUGAUAAGGGUAGUCCUCAAAAGACUGUGACGGACAAGGGCAACAUACCGAAAGAGUGUAAUAUGGCUAGUGUUUGUAAUGAUCCGCAAGUUUAUUUACCAACGCUCCGUGCUAAAUUAAAGAGUGAAACGACUGAUCGCAUUGUAAGAGUUGUGGUGGAUACUGGUUCCCAAAAGUCGUACAUUACUAAGGAGGUUGCGGCUCAGGUAGCCUACGAGCCAAUUGCGGAGCAGCAAUUAAACCAUUCGUUGUUUGGCGGCACAAAGUCAGGCAUAAGGAAGCAUAAGAAGUAUUGGGUAAGACUGGUCAGUUUAGAUGACAGUUUUGCAUGUAAGUUUGCUGCUUUUGAUCAAGAUGUUGUUUGUGUUGACGUGCCCUUGGUUGAAAGAGGCGAAUGGUGUAAUGAGCUGCAAGAAAAUAUUCACAUAUCGGAUUUGGGAAGCCACGAACAGUCAAUCAAUGUGCUUAUUGGAGCAGAUAUUGCAGGCAAAUUUUUAACGGGACAACAUCAGGUAUUGAGCUGUGGGAUGGUAGCUGUCGAAACUCGGCUCGGAUGGACUAUUAUGGGGAAAGUACCCGGAACUGAAAAUCGCCGGGACCCUGUCAUCACAGCUAUAUCGAUGUUCGUGAAAGAAGAAAAUGUUGCUGAUUUAUGGUCGCUUGAAGUCUUGGGGAUUAAGGAUCCCAUUCACGUUAAAACUCAGAAGGAACAGGAGGAAAGCAUGAAGCAAGAGUUUUUGAAAACGGUAACCAUAAACCCGGAUGGCCGAUACGAAGUGGAGUUGCCGUGGGUAGAAAACCAUCCAGCGUUGAGUGACAAUAAAACUGUCGCCGUGCGUCGCCUUCAGUCUACAAUAAAGAAGCUACAGUUGGACGGAAAAUUUGAAGCAUAUGACGGUGUUUUGGAGCAGUGGGUAGAAGAAGGAAUCGUCGAAUACGUGCCCAAGGAAGAAGAGGAUCAAUGCAUUAUUUGCCGCACCGAGCCGUCCUCAAGGAGGGAAGUACAACAGCGGUGA